UGGUCCUCGCUCCUACAUUUUGUAUACGCCUCGACGACUGUCCCGAUGCGUCAUCAGUAGAAAAAAUAUAAAACUGUAAUACGGUUUCUAAAUAGAAUUGCUGGUUUAUUUCCGUCAGGAUGCCAUUUUCUGCACAAUUAUAACACAUAAGGUAAUCGGUGCAAAAGCUUCUUACCCCGCACCGAGUGACUUGGCCACACCUGACUGACCUGUUGCGUAUUUUGCGGAGUUUGCCAGCUGUUUCUGUGAGUAGCCAAUGAGUCUGCUGAAAAUACGGUUCUGAGGUCACUAGUCCACCUUAAGUCAUCUAAGAAGUGCAUGUAGCAUCAAAUAUUGUGUUUUAGUUCAAUAUUUCAGGUUCUCUCAAGGAUCUAACAUCUUGUAUUCAGUAUUUUGUAAGAUGCUAGGUAUCACUAUGCUCAUCUUAGCAUAAAAGAGAACUAACUCGUUAAUUACUAUAUCAUACACAUCUCAGUCAGGAUUUAAGGCAAAUAAAGUUUUGCAUAAAUGUAAGCUGACAGUUAAUUAAGACAUCAAAUCAACAAACUAUGCGUAACAUAAACACACUGGAUAAUAAUGAAUAUCCUCAUUAUGGCAAAAAUAAAUCUGGAUCUUGUACGCAAAGAGUGGAAAUGCGAUAGGUCAGGGGUGUCAUACUCAUUUUUGUCGCGGGCCACAUUUUAGUCCCGGUUGCCCCCAUUAUGACUGUAAACCCAUAAAAAUAUUGAACCUCCUCAUUAUAUUUACACAUUAAAUUUCUGAACUAGUUUUGGAAUCAAAAAUCAAAGGUAAUGGGUUUUUCAACUAUUGUUGUUUGGCAAACACACAAAUGUUUUAUCAUUUAUGAUAUAACAAUUUGAAAGUUUGGUACAGAUUUUAACAAAAAUCACGGAAGUUAAUACACGUGAUUUGUCUUUGCGGGCCGCAUAAAAUCACGCGGCGGGGCAGAUCUGGCCCACAGGCCUUUAGUUUGACACCAGUGGUGUAGGUAAACAAAAAAGAUUUUCACGUUUGUCAACUAGCUAGCGGUGCCCUCAAAACAAAAAAUAAAUAAGCAAAUGAAUGAUGGGCAGUCCGGGUGGACGAAAUGACACACGCGAUAUUUGGAAUUGACAUCAUUUUUCUUUAGAUCAUUUUUUCCAGUAUUCCAGCUGAGUCAUGUCUCUGUGGGAGGCGAGGAGCAAGGAGAAACAGAGAGAGGCAGGACGGCAAGAGAGAAAAGGGGGAUUUUUUUCAUACUUCUUUCAGGAGUCGGGAGGUUGGAAAUGGGACCGGUCGCCAGCUCGCUCGUUCUGCCGUUUUUGUGCUCGCUGGGCUUCUGCGUUCUGGCCGGGACACUGCAACCGACACAGGUGUCUCUUGCAGAUGUGAAAAAGUCACGAGGAGAUGUUCCCGACGUUCCAAUAUCGGAAGUGGAGCCCACAAACCCGGCAACAGACUUUGAAAUCUCCUACAACUACGUUUUGUCCAGACUGGCCGGGAUGGACCAGGCCAUGCACAGGCUCAACGUGGGCCACUAUACCGUGGGGGUCGGUGUGGACCAGCUAAUGGAGCGUCUGUCCCGGAUGGAUGCCAAGAUUGUGGAGCUGGAGGACAAAAUCCGAGAAGUCUACCAACACAGCAAAGACAACCGCAAAGAGACAGGUAGACUGGAAGGUUGCCAGAAGGGUCUGCGGAUGGGCUACAAAUGCUACCUAGUCUACCACAGCUACGAGGACUUCGCGGGGGCGUCCAAGAAGUGCCUGGAGCGGGGGGGCCGCAUGGCUAUGCCGCGAGACCGCCGCGAGCAGGAGGCGCUGGCCGACUACGUCAAGUCGUUCUUCCGGUCGGGCAACCGGCCCGUGUGGCUAGGCAUCAACGACCUGGCAGCCGAGGGCGUGUACAUCUUUGACGACGGUACGCCCGUCUCCUACUUCCAGUGGCGGAGACACUUUCUGGCCGGCCAGCCGGACGGCGGCAAGCACGAGAACUGCGUGGCAAUGGCGUCAGACGACGGUGAUUGGUGGGAUCACUACUGCGACAGGACCAUGAACUACAUGUGCGAGUUUGAUGACAGGGUGGCACUUUAGCUGAACUCCAUCUCAAUUUUAACCAUUAAAAGCAUACAAACUGUACUUCACCGAAGGGCCAACUCCAUGGGCCUUGGCCGACCCCUAAAACCGACAUUGGUCUUAAUGUUAGCUGGCUAGCCGGAGCUAAGUAGCAGGUAAUACUGAGGUGGCUAAGUGGCUAACAAAGCCGAGGUUGCUAACCGAUGUCAACCAACUAACUUAAGUGGCUAGCUAGCUAAGUGUACUUAAGUGGCUAACAAUACGUAGCUGGCUAGCUCAUAUUUCAUUUACCUUCUGAGGUUUAUUAUUUAUACCGUCCUUUAUCCCUGCUUAAAAACAAUUCUAUAGAACAUUUCUAAAGAAUUUCUAUAGAACUUUAAAACCCAAGUCCUAUAGAAAUUAUAUUCUUUAGAAAUUCUAUAGAAAAAUCUCAGCCAAAGUUUUAUAGAAGAAGUUAUUCUGCACAAAUUGUAUAGAAUUCUAUAGAUUUCUAUACAAUUUCUAUAGAAUUUUUUUUUUUUAGUAGGGGGACUAGAGUGGGCCCUUGUGUAUCAUAAUUUCAAUCGUCCAUAUGUGUUUUGCGAAUUGUAGAAUUGUACCGUGUAAGUGGAGUUAAGGAGCUAACGAUAACUAGCUGGGUAACCAGUUGAUACACGCUGCGGAUACAUGGAAAAAUAUUUCCAUAUUGCAACAUUUGUGACAGUGACAUGAUAAAUGAAACAUUUUGAUAUUAGAAAUGAAUUAAAUCAGAUACGUAAUUUUGUGUGACAUUUGCUUCCUCAGAAAUUGUUCAUACGGAUUGCAUGUAAAUAAUUUUAUAUCAACGUUAACAUAUGGGGGGGGGAAAUCUGAUCUUUGUGUUUCCUUCUAAAUGACACAAUCCUGUGUAACUUUAUUUAAAAUUAAUACACCACGGUUGUUUUCCUAAUACAGUAGUUAAAUACAAAUAAAGACUGAUGCACUUGAAAAGAUGGAUGGACGAUAUUUUGUUAUAUCCAAUAAUUACCACUAGGU